GCUCUUGUUUACUAUGCGAAAAUCGAGUUCGUGCAUAACAGUGGCAUCCGCGUUCUCAUCCGAGAUGCAAUUUUGUCCAAGACUCUCCCCGGCUCCAAUCAUGCGUUGAGAACAGCAUUCACCGGAAUUGCGAGAGUUGAUCGUGAACUCAUGAUCCUAACUUUAUGGGUAAAAUGCGACGCUGCUGCUGCAUACAGUGGGCUUCUCCGGCUCAUUCGGGUCAGCAUGGGCUCUUGUGACCAUGGAAGCUUGGAGAAGUGGAAAUCGGUGGACAAUAAUUGCUGUUGUAGUCCUAUGGUAUUUGGCGUCAUGGAACAGCUCAAGACCUUCGCCCUGUGGGGUCCCCUUUACUGUGGUCUUCAUCUAGCAACCUCUAUCACCGCCACAAAACCCACGGUACAGAACAUUCGGAUUCCACGCAUCAUACGGCUGUGUAUCCCCAUUGCCUAUGCAAUCGGCUAUGUGAUUCCCUCAAUUUCAAUGGUCUUACCCGCACCAAGUGUGAUUAGUACGGACCAGAAGCAGAUUUUCAUUGCUGUUUGGCAGGCAUGGGCGAUAUCUGUCGGGUGUAUAACUACACUGGCCUUCUAUUUUCUGGGGCCACGGACUAGAGAUGUUGUUUCCACCGACCAUCGUGGUGUCUACGCUUUUGCCUUUGUGUAUGCCGCUGUACCGCAUCUUGUCUCGUGGACUAUUUCCUUGGCAACUGUGGUGGCACCGGCGCUCUUUCACGAUCGGUACGUGCAGGCUUUGCACCCGUCGAAGGUUUUCCUGUUGCCUUCGCCUUGGAACUCCGCGAGUUUCCCGGUCGAGGACGUCAGUAUCGCAGCGCAUCAUUUCCUGAGGUGGGAUUGCCUGAUUGGGUCGGCUUGUAUGCAGAUCUGGGCGGUGACUCUAUAUGUGAGGGCAUGUAGGGUUGGUGGUGAACCAAUCAAUUGGAGUGUUUUCGGGGCCAAGAUUGUUUUGUUGACCAUUUUGGCGGGGCCUAUUGGGUCAGCAGUGGCAUUGAUGUGGGAGAGAGAUAACAUCAUUUGCUAUGGUGCGAGGGACGUUACCAGCCACGAAAUAACACCAAGAAGACCCUUUAGAAACGGCAAUAGGUAUAAUGCGUUCGAUUUAAGUAUGACAAAGGUCAUGACCAAGAUGUGUGGAAUGUAA